GCCGAUUGUCGAUUACUUAUGCCUACAGUGUACGGCAAUGGCUGACGGCAAGGAUGAAACAGUAGCAGCUUCCAAACCAGAGGUAUUUUCCAACUAUCGGGACAGGAUUAAAUGUUCACCAGAGGAAGAGGCGCAAUUAGAGAGACAGCAUUUCUGGAAUGUCAUAAACGCGUUUAAAUACUACAGAAUUCACGUUCAUGAACGAGUGAAUCGAGCCGAGCGGCAGUUCCGAUGCCUUCCAGAUCACCACCAGCAACUUUUGACAAACUUCUUGCCCAAUCUGAGCAAGAUCCGCUACUGUGUCGACCGAAACCAAGAGGUGCUGCAGGCCAUAGUGAACAACUGCCUCGAUAUGUUUGAGAACAUGGAAUAUGGACAGGAUGGUGAGCCAAGGAAAGUACGGCCAUCCUCAACUUUUGACAUGGACAAGCUGAAGUCAACCAUUAAGCAGUUUGUCCGUGACUGGAGUGAAGCAGGAAAGGCUGAAAGGGACAGCUGCUAUAAACCUAUUAUAGAUGAGAUCCAGAGACUGUUUCCUCCUGAACAGUGUGAUGUGUCCCAGGUCAGAGUGUUAGUGCCCGGGUCCGGUCUAGGUCGACUUGCAUGGGAAAUCGCUCGUCUGGGCUAUUCGUGCCAAGGCAACGAGUGGAGUUUCUUCAUGCUCUUCUCCUCUAAUUUUGUUCUGAAUAGGUGUGAUGAGGAGAAUGCUUUGACUCUGUAUCCCUGGAUUCAUCAGUUCAGUAAUAACAAAAUGUCCUCAGAUCAAACAAGACCCGUGUCCUUUCCUGAUGUCAAUCCACAGAGUCUUCCAGCAGACUCAGACUUCUCUAUGGUUGCUGGAGACUUCCAGGAAGUAUACAAUGACCCUGAAAUGUGGGAUUGUGUUGCUACUUGUUUCUUCAUUGACACUGCCCACAAUGUUCUUGAUUACAUUGAAACCAUCUGGACUAUUCUAAAACCUGGUGGUGUCUGGAUAAAUUUGGGUCCACUACUUUACCACUAUGAGAAUAUGGCUAAUGAAUUGUCCAUUGAGCUGAGCUAUGAGGACAUAAAGGCUGUCCUUUUAAAAUAUGGAUUUGUCCUGGAGUUUGAGAGACAGUCUGUUCCCAGCACAUACACAGAGAACGAUCGCUCCAUGCUCAAGUACCUUUACGACUGUGUCUUUUUUAUCGUACGAAAACCUGCAGAACAGUUGGUCAAUGGAGAUCAGACACCUAAAGAUGAUCAGAUUGAGGAUACUUUACAGACAAGAAACUCAACAUGACGUUUAGAAGGCUGGAUGAAUUCACAGACAAAUGGCCCAAAUAAUAAACUGAUGAUUUUAAUCAUGAAUGUCAGCAUUAUAGCAAAUUCAUUGUAAUACAAUAGGACUGGAGCUUUAUUAUAUACUGAAUUAUUUCAGAUAUUUACCAAAAAUGUCAUGUUUUGGUGCAUUGCUUUGCAGUCAUAUUCCUCAGGUUCCGGGUGCUACUUCACAUCUUACUAAUGGCGCUUGUCACUCCACACAUACGUUUCAGUGUUUUUCUUGCAGUUGUUUACAUUAUCACAGUUUCCAUGUCUAAAAUCAUAUUCAUGGAGUCUACUCUGGAUCUUGUGCCGUUACUCCAGCCCCUCUGAGGAAACUUGCUGGCCAUCAAAAUUGUAAUAGUUGGCAGCACUAAAAUAAAGUUGUUUUAAACUUAACAGAUUUUCAUGAUCUUGUACAUAUUGUAAUAAAACUGUUUUGGAAAUUGGAA